AUGCGUGGCUUUCUGGGCUUAUGCCCACAGCUUCUCCUCGGGCACUCGCACAUGCACGAACUUCAACGAGAGCGUGGGAUUGGAUAUUUGCAGUGCAUCCCUUUCAAAUGCCAUAUAGAGCAUCCUUCCCUGCAAAAGCAGAAAGUUGCUGUUGAUGCUUGGCGAGCCUUUUUGGAAGCGCGAGUGCGCGUGCACAAAGAGACACUUGCAGGGCCUGGCUUGACUUUUGCAAAGUUUAUGGCAAACAAGAGCCGCAGGCUGCGCUUUGGCCCGCAUAGAAAACCAGUUCUUUUCUGUGUGCUUUUACUCCAUUGUGCACUUGCCCUUUUGCAUGCUCGGGCUUUUCCAGGCACAGAACUUGGCUGCACUUCUGGAGGCAGUACAGCAGUGCGCCUUGAACGCGCCCGAGCUAUCUGUGCUUGCCUGGCAGCCUAUAAUGCAUUCUACAAAGCAUGUAGAAAAGCUUCGCCAGAAAGGCCUCUGUGUGCAUUCUGCUUCACUUGUGCAAGGCCAAAACUCUCUUGGAGAAAGUGCAGAGCCGUAAAUAAGAAGUGCUCUUGGCAGUGGCAAACUGCACAGGCAAAAUGCCUCUUCUGCUUCUCUGCGCUUUCUCCAAGAGAGUUUUGGCCUUUGGCAAGCUUUCUAGAUUUUUGCGGCUCUAUGCUACUGUUUAUGCAUUCAAGGCGUUUGGAGCCGGCCUGCUUUUGGAAAAAAGCUUUUUUCCAGAAAUUCCAGCUUUCCCAAGGAUGUUUCUUUCUGGGAUGUAUAUCUUGCUGGUCUACGGCUGUUAGAAUGCAUGUUUUAGGCUUGCUGGCCCAUUUAUGCCUGAGAGUUAUGUGCCUUGCCGACUGCCCUCAAACUCUUUUUUAA